CACAAAACCAAAGCAGGCAAUGACACCACAAAGAGAAGGGACAAUAUCUCUCAUUGACAAGACCAUGAGGAUGAGAAGAGAGGAACACAAGCGUCGGGUUCUCCUAGCCUGGGCGGUUCUCAAUGUCUCUCUUGCUGGAAUGAUUUACACAGAAAUGUCAGGAAAUCUCCUCAGCAGAUACUAUAACAUAACUUAUUGGCCAAUCUGGUACAUUGAACUUGCCAUGGCCUCUCUGUUCAGCCUGCGUGCUGUCUUUAAUUUUUGGAAGUAUUUUAAGUACACCAUGGCGCCUUCAACCAUUACUCUCUCACCCGAGCAACAUCGACUCCUCGACCUCCGCAACUCAGGAAUUCAGGCCUCCCCUCCCCAAAAGCCAGAGAAGAAAGAGACUCCGGUGGUUCCCCAGUCGUCUCCACUACAGGGACAGAACGUGCUCAGUUUCAGAGCGGUGCGCCCCCCCAGCACCAGUCCGAAGUUUUCCCCCAGCUGUGUGUCUGGAUUCAGCCCACCUCUGUGCAGCCCUUCCACUCCUGGCAGCAGUAGACCUUUUUCACCGUCUUUGGCAUUUGGCAAGAGUCUGAGGAAGUUCCAGUACCAGCCAGCAUGCCACUCACAGGCUCCCUCUGCCCACAAAGACGAAACUGAACUGGGAUCCAAACAAGCUGGUGAAGAGGUCUGGGCACGGAUCACAACCAGCCGUGUGGUUACUGACAGCAUUGACAGCUGGACCGCCAAACUAAGAAAUUGGAUAAAUGACACCAUUCUGGUUCAUCUGGUAAAGGAAAUAGAAUCCAUUAACAGCCAGUUGAGGAGAAUGGGCUGCCCGGAGUUACAGAUAGGAGAGGCCAGUAUCAGCAAUCUGAAACAGGCUGCUGUAGCCAAAGCCUCAGCCAUUCCCACUCUUAACACUAUAGUGCAAUAUCUGGACAUCACAUCCAACCAGGAAUAUCUGGUAGAGAGAAUCAAGGAGCUGGCCCACAGUGGCUGCAUGAGCUCCUUUCGCUGGAACGCUGGCGGGAACCUGAAGAACAGGAAAUGGGACACGGAUCUCCCAACUGACUCUGAUAUCCUCAUGAAUAUUCUGUGCACAUACCUGGACUCCAGACUUCCUCCUCACCCAAAGUACCCAGAUGGAAAAACCUUCACCUCUCAACAUUUUAUCCAGACUCCAAACAAACCAGAUCUUUUCAACGAGAACCUCUUCUGCAUUCACCAGAGCAGCAUCACCCCACCUCACUAUCAGGUUGUGUAUCAAGGCCAUAUCUACAGCCUGCCUAAGGGAAGAAACAAUUUGUUCCACACAAUCCUCAUGUUCCUUUACAUUAUCAAAACCAAGAAGACUGGGAUGCUGGGAUGUGUCAUCCUGGGGCUCUCAGGAGUCAACAUCCUUUGGAUAUUUGAGUAGUAAUACUGGUAUAACCAUGUUAUAACCAAGUAAAAACAAUACCCUGAAUUGCUCACAUUGUGAGUAAUAUAUUGUACAUGGCUGUAUGUGGUUGUAAUUUAAUAUUAUCUGUUUUUCCUGUGCUUUGGAGAAACAGCUGGCUGGUUCUUUGGUUGCUAUAGCAACUGCAGCCCAACAUCAGCUCUGAUAUGAAAGUUAUGUUACAGAACAAGUUGUGUUUCAUUUGUUCCACAUGUGAGACAGCUUUGUUUCAUACAAAGCUUAGAGAUUUUCAGCAUUGAAUGUGUGAAUUUGGUAUUUUUUUAUGUUUCUGUAUAAGUGGGGCAGUGGGGCAGUGGUGGCUCAACUGGUUAAGGCUCUGGGUUGUUGAUCGGAGGAUCG